AUGUACAUGUCUCUCAAGGUCCUAUCCCGCGCAACCCUCCUGCAUCUCAGCCUCAACCCGCUCCUCUCCCUCGCUGCGCGCGCAUCCACAUCCACAUCCACAAUCGCAACCGCAACCGCCUUCGCGACAACCUCACCACACCUCCGCUCCUUCUCAGCGCUCUACCCACUCUGUCCAUCCUACAACCUCUACCAAACAACGCCCUCGCAAGCACAAUCACAAUCACAAUCGCACAUCCACAACCAAGAACACCCUUUCUCCACAUCCGCGCCCAUGUCCGCCGAGUCCAGCACACCCUCCCAGCCUCAAUCUCAACCUGAGAAGCAAGAACAAGAACGAGAACAAGAACGGAAUCAAAACCCCCCGCCCCUCGCCCUCCCCGACGUCUCGUCCGCCGAACAAGUUACGCAGAUCGAUCUGAGCGCCGGCGACUCGACCGUCAAGCUCGAUGCGCUGGGCCCGCUGGUCGUGAACCAGGAUGGCUCGUUGUCGCGGAUCGGGAACUGGGCGCAGAUGACCGAGGUCGAGAAGCGGAAUACAUUGCGGAUACUGGGGAAGCGGAACCAGGCGCGGUUGAAGGCGUUGAGAGAGGCUGGGGUGGGAGACGAGGGGAACUAA